AUGACUGAGUCCCAGCAGACUGACUCUGUGACCCUGGGCGAGGGACAGAGCAUCCGGAGGUUCACAACCUCUGUGGUUCGUUGGAGCCACUAUGAGGAGGGUCCAGGGAAGAAUAUACCAUUUUCAGUGGAAAACAAGUGGAGGUUACUAGCUAUGAUGACUUUGUUCUUUGGGUCUGGAUUUGCUGCACUUUUCUUUAUAGUAAGACACCGACUGCUUAAAAAGUAAUCCAUGAGACAGAUAGGAAGAGGAGCAUAUUAAGAGGUGCAGUC